ACACUUUGGGCCAGGGCCCACAGAACCCAUACGCCACAGGGGAUCCUUCCCGUGCACGGACGGCCAUGACGGUCGAUGCGGUGCUCCUCGCCGUCGUCGUCGCCUUCCUCCUCCCGCUCCGCCUCAUCUCCCUCGUCCUCCGCCUGGCCUCCGCGCGCGGCUCCAGCGCUGGGGACCUCCGCCGUUCCUGCGUCGCCUUCGCCGUCGCGGCUGCUCUCCUCGCUGCCAUCUUCGCCCUCCCGCGCGACCACGCGAGGGAGUGCGCCGCCCCUGUCGCCAUCGCAGUUGGUGGGGACGACGGGAGCCGCUUCCGCGAGGAGCUGCGGUCGGAGGUUGAGCAGCUGAAGCACCAGCUCGCCCGGCUUGAAUUGCUCUGGGAUAACAAUUCGAAAGCCUUGGAUGAGAAAGGUGAUGCUUUGGAGGAGGAAGAUGGUCGCGUUAUGAGAGCGAUGGGGCAUGAUAUCCAAUCUCUGAUCAAUGAGCAAGAAAACAUCAAGGAAUCAUUGUGCUGCUCAUAUUCCAAUAAUAGUAUCAAGGCAAUGGAAAAUGAGGUUCAAAUUCUAAAGGAUGAAUUGAGAAAGACGAACUCUGACAUUUUCAAUUUACGGUCAUUAGCAAAGGAUACAAUGGAAAGGGUUGGAGCUCUACAUUCAGAUAUCAAGAAGGUUCAAGUUAUAACUGAUGAAUGGGGGAAGUUGAACUCUAAUGUUAACAGAAUGUGGUCAUUCGCAAAGGAUACAGAGAAAAGGGUUGAAGAUCUAUAUUCAGAUAUAAAAAGGGGCUUCAAGCAGACGAAGAGAAAAGUGCCAUUCUGGAGAGAUUGAUCAUGAUGUGGACCUGAUGUAGCACUGACCUUGGCACUUGCCAUGGAGCUACGGAGUAGUAUCCAAAGCAUCCGGAGGUGUUUCAGCCUGUCUCUGAGUCUCCGAUUAACGAAGAAGUCGUUUUGCCACUUAUUAUACGAUUGUGUAUAAACAGCAUAUGAUGCUGGUCCGUGGUGGUAAUGUAUAUAUACUGAUGUCAGGGCCCUUGUGAACUUGUUAACUGUUUCCAUGCCGUCAUGUGAAUGUAUAUAUAUGUACAUUGAUGUGGA